AUGUAUCGAUUUUCUUAUAAAGUAAACCAGCGGCGUUGUAUUCGACGAAUUAAACGUCAAUCAAUUCAUAAGAUAAUUGUUCCUAAUAGUGAGUCUUCUGAUAAUAGCUACUUUAGUGAAAGUCAGGAGGAUCUAUUAGAAACACACUAUCAGGAGCAACAACCAUAUGAACAAACAUCUCUUAUGUCAAUUAGUAAUGAAUAUGAUUCAUUUGUAACAAGUAUUGAUCAUUUGGAUGAUGAUUUCAAUUGGAUUAGUGAAGAAGAAGAAUAUGAAGAUGAUAAACGCCCACUUUGUAAUGGUUCCUCGAUCACUGUUACUAAUGCAGUUCAUCGUAUUACUAAUUUUUACUUGAAUAUCAAUUUGGACAAACAUAAGGUCAAUGGUUUAUUACGGUUAAUCAAGUCCCUAUUACCAAAACCGAAUUUGUUGCCGUCAACGUUAAAAUCUAUGAACAAAGUCUUGCAAUACUGUUCGUCAACAUCCACCGUAUUGCUAUGUUCUGAUUGUUACCAGUCAUGUAAUAAACUUGGAAUACGUUCCGAAAUGUGUAUUAAUCCGAAUUGUUCAACGUCAUUUCGUGCUCGUCGUACUACAGAAAUAAUUGAAGUAGUUCGAUUUGAUAUACGAUAUCAAAUACAAUCAAUUAUGAACCGCAACACUGCUGUUAUGAAUAAAUCACAGUUAUUUCCACCAAGUGAUAUAGUUUUUGGUGACCAAUACCAGCAUUUAUUAAAUACGAAUAGUAAUAAGAUUACUUUAGUAGUACACUCAGAUGGUGCACCUAUUGUUCGUUCAUCGAAGAAAUCUAUAUGGCCCUGUUUUGCAUCAAUUGUUGAAAUUCCACCACCUUUGCGAGAAUUUCAAUCAAAUAUAAUUGUUCUUGCAUUUUGGUUAUCAAAAAAGAAACCAGACGUUAAUAUUUUCUUACAAGAAACAGUCAAUGAUCUAUCUUUAAUAAUUAAAAAUGGAACUUCUAUCUUUAUUGGAGAUAAAGAAUAUAAAAUUGAGCUUGGUACCCAGUUCUUUAUUUCUGAUUUACCAGCUAAAGCUUUAUUCUGUUGUACGACUUAUUUUAAUGGAUAUUCGGCUUGUACAUUUUGCCAUAGUAGAGGUAAGGCGUCCUUCUUUUUUUUAUUUAAAAAUAUUGUUGUUUGUAUUCUGGUAUUUGGAAUUCAGAUCAUAAUAAAGUUCUCUAUCCAUACAAAAAAUAAUGAUCUUACAGCUCGUACACAUGAUGGUUAUUUUAAAGCAGCUAAAGAAGCCAUAUUGAAAUCAAACGGUGGAAAAGAAGUUGCCAUCGAUGUAUCUCAAUGGAAGGCAAAAAAUUCUCGUCUUUUCGUGUUACAUGUAGGAGUACCUAUAAUGCUGAACUUUUUACCAAUCCUACAAUAUUCUCAUUUUGUGAUUUAUUCAUUAGCGAUUAAACUCCUGUAUGCACCUCAAACGAAAGAAGAAAUACUAUUUGCUGAACGUCUUAUGGAUUAUUAUUGCCGAACGGCAUCAUGUGUCCAUGAUGAGUCAAUUGAAAUUUUUUCAUUACAUGCUCACCUUCAUCUAGAAUAUCAAGCUCGUCUUCAUGGUGGCUUAGUACAUAUGUCAGCGUUUGCAUUUGAAUCAUUAAUACGAUAUAUAAAAAGAAAAGCUCAUGGAAGUUUUAAAUUAAGUUCUCAAAUUGCAUAUUGA